GCUCCGUCGACCUUGUGAACUUAACUCUCUCGCGCGCUCUAUCUCCGCCACCGUCAGUAGUUACUCCACUGCCUCAGUCUCCGGUGAAUGGAGAGUAGUUGUAGCACUAACGAUGCCGGAGAGUGGAAGGCGGAAGAGGUCAUAGCUGGUAAUGCUGAAGCUCUUCAAGCUCUUCGAGAACUCAUAACAUAUCCUCUUCUCUACUCUCGCGAAUCCAGACAGCUUGGCCUUAAGUGGCCUCGCGGUUUGCUGCUUUAUGGUCCUCCUGGCACUGGAAAGACUAGCUUAGUUCGAGCAGCUGUUCGUGAAUGUGAUGCACACUUGAUAGUUCUCAGUCCACACUCUGUUCAUAGAGCCCAUGCUGGUGAAAGUGAGAAAAUAUUGAGGGAUGCUUUUGCAGAAGCAUCUUCACAUAUCAAAUUGAGAAAACCUUCUGUUAUUUUCAUAGAUGAAAUUGAUGCUAUCUGUCCUCGUCGUGAUUCUAGAAGACAGCAAGAUAUCCGUAUAUCAUCUCAGCUUAUCAUGCUUAUGGACUCAAGUGCCACAUCAUCAUCAGGGACAAAAGUUGUAGUGGUGGCAUCAACCAACAGGGUGGAUGCAGUUGACCCUGCACUAAGAAGGUCAGGUCGAUUUGAUGCUGAAAUCGAAGUGACAACUCCAAGUGAACAAGAACGACUUCAAAUUCUCAGGCUAUAUACAAAGAAAGUUCCCCUGGAUCCCAGUGUCAAAUUGGAAACAAUAGCAUCAUUAUGCAAUGGCUAUGUAGGAGCUGAUUUAGAAGCAUUAUGUCGCGAGGCUACAAUGUGUGCACUAAAAAGAUCUUCAAAUGGGAUCAAUGAAGAUAAUGUUUGUAGCUUGUUAAUGGAUGAUUGGAAGAUUGCUAGAUCCAUUGUGGGCCCAAGCAUAACACGAGGGGUAACUGUGGAAAUUCCCAAAGUAUCUUGGGAUGAUAUUGGUGGACUAAACGAUUUAAAGAAAAAACUGAAACAAGCUGUUGAAUGGCCUUUGAAACAUUCUGAUGCCUUUUCAAGAUUGGGUGUGUCGCCAAUGCGUGGGAUUCUUCUUCAUGGACCUCCAGGAUGCUCUAAAACUACUCUUGCUAAAGCUGCAGCUCAUGCUGCUCAAGCCUCUUUCUUUUCUUUAAGUGGUGCAGAAUUAUUUUCAAUGUAUGUUGGAGAAGGUGAAGCUUUAUUACGUAAUACGUUUCGUAGGGCCCGCCUUGUUGCACCAAGCAUCAUCUUCUUCGAUGAAGCCGAUGUCAUUGCAGCUAAACGAGGAACGGGUUCGAGUGGGAGUACAACAGUUGGAGAGAGACUUCUAUCUACUUUACUCACUGAAAUGGAUGGUUUAGAAGAGGCUAAAGGAAUACUCGUUUUGGCUGCCACGAAUCGACCACAUGCGAUUGAUGCUGCCCUAAUGCGACCUGGACGAUUCGAUCUCGUUUUAUAUGUACCGCCACCGGAUGUGGAAGCGCGAUACGAGAUCCUCCGUGUGCAUACACGUGGUAUGAAAAUUGGGAAUGAUGUUGAUUUAAGACAAAUAGCAGAAGAAACCGAAAACUUCACAGGUGCAGAAUUAGAGGGUCUAUGUAGAGAAGCCGGGAUUGUAGCUCUAAGAGAAAACAUAACUGCCAGCAUCAUACAUGAUUGCCAUUUUCAAACUGUUAAAAGCUCGUUAAAGCCAGCAUUGAGUAGAGAAGAAAUAGAUUCAUAUGCAUCUUAUAUGAAAAAACAAACACGCAGGUCUAAAUCUGAUCACCCGCAUGCAUCCACAGGUGACAAAAAAAACCACAAGCACAUGAACAGCUGGUUGUUAGGGUUGUUAGUUUCUGUUACAAUUGGUGUCAUGGGCAUCAUUGUACUUUCGGGUACGAGAGAUUAUCUUACACAUUUCUUGCAAAUCCCGGCUUCCGAGACAUUGGUGAGCACAUAACAUUAGUUUCAAGUGAAAGCAACAUGUUUUUUUAUAUAUAAUUAAAUUUUGUUUCAUUAAAUUGUUUAGGUUUGAUGAAGUAUUGACUAGAUACCAUUCAUAAUUCAUAUCACCAAAUUUAUGC